GACUAAUUUUCCUUUCUCUCUUCACCUUUCAUCUUAUUGCUUUGUUGCUUUAUAUACUGAUAUGAGGUGUGGUAACUUUGAGUGUUAUGCAGUAAUGUCUGGUCCCAUGGUACUGAUAAAGAUUAUUUGACGGUGAGUCGUAUUAAAAUUCAAGUAUUCGGGGAAAAUGUUUGAGAAUCAUGCAUUUAACUUCUUUAAUUUUCAUCGUCAGAUAGUAAAAGAUCCAUUCAGCCAUUGUAAGUUUUACACUCCUAAAGUUGAAAUGCUUGUCAUUUGGCUGUACAUCCACAGGCGUAGGUACCCAGUUAGUCACGCAUCAUGUGACCCGAUGCAACUUGACUACACAUGGAGAUCGACAACCAGAUGCUUAAUCGUGCGACGCAUUAUGAAUUAAGACACUUGUGUAGCUGGUACACUGACUAACCAUGUUGAAUUCUUGAACUAUAAUAUACUUAGAUAAACACUGAUCUGCUUAGCACGCAUAUUGAACAGCUGUUUAUCCAAUUGUUUUAAUGCGAAAAACCACUUGAAAUGAACUACUUUCAGUGAACUCAACAGAUAAAGAAACAUUUCGAUUAAAUAUUGUAAUAUUUAUCUGUAAAGAAAACAAAUAUCUUACUGGACACUAUCUUUUCCAUUGGGUGCUGUUUUCUUCCUAUCCUCCUAAUAUGCGUCAUCUUCAAAUUUCUCCGCAUAGUAGUAAUAGCCAUUGCUGUCAGUCAUUGAAACAUUAUCGUGUACUAUUAUGGAAAGACUACCUAUUGCGUCGUCGAAGUUUUUGGCUUAUCUUAGCUGAAUUAAUGUUUUGCUUAGUAUUUGUUAUUGUGAUUGCUGUUAUCCGUGGACGUUAUUCAGCUGAAAAUAUGUCAUCAUGUUACAUUCAAAGUCAAAGUAUGACAAGUAUGGGAUUACUGACAUAUAUGCAAUCGCUUAUUUGUAAUUUUAACUAUACAUGCUAUGAUAAAAAUCCACAGAGUUUUGUUACAUUGAACGGUAUUGCUCCGCUUAUCUACUUUCUUGAUAAUGUAACACAUUUAGUGGAUAAUCCGGUGUUUAUUAAAUGGUUAAAUAAUCCAAAGAAAUUUGAAACAGAACAACUUGUUGAUUGGUUAUCAUUUGGCUUAAAGUUAACUCAUCUAAAAAUAUCAGCUGAUCAUUUAAAAGAAUGGAUAAAUAAUUAUUUAAUAAUAUUUUUAAAUAGUUCAAGUAUUGAAUCAAUGAAAUAUAUAUCACAAUUAAUAUGUGGUACUUCACCGGAUCAUAAUGAUCUUGGUCGUUUUCUUGAUAAAUUAAUUCAACCAAUUAAUGAAGAAAUGAAUGAUCAAUUAAUAAAUAAUAUACCUAUAUUAAAUCAAUUAAUGCAUCAAUUCAAUGAACAUAUUGGUAUAGAUAUUGUAUCAGCAACAAAUAUAUUAACUGAGAAAUCGAUAUCAACUUAUAAUUUAUGUCCAUUAAUAACUAAUUUAUUAAAAUCUGGACCAUUUCUUAUGACAUUUGGUCGAUUACGUUAUUUUCUAUUUGGUCAAUUAGUUUAUUAUCCAUCAAAUCAAUAUACAGAUGAAAUUAUUUAUAAUAUGGGUAGAUAUACUCGUUUAUUAAAUAAUUUUCGUCAUUUAACUAAUUAUUAUUUUAAUGAUUAUCGACCUUGGUUAUUAAAUUUUUUUUAUAAUAAAACUUAUUUAAUAAUUAUACAUAAUUAUUUAAAUCAAUGUCAAAAUAAUGAAAAUCAAUUAUAUCCAAAAGAAAUAAAAAAAAUAUGUUAUUAUUUAUUAAAUAUAUUGAAUAAAGAGACAAGUGAAUAUGACAGUAUACAUUCAAGUUGGAAAAUUUUUUUACAAUUUUUUGAUAAUUUUAUUAAUUUAUUACAUAAUUUAUUAACAAAUUGUUUUCAACUUGAUAAAAAAUAUUUAUCAUUUAAUAAUCGUAAAGAUUUUGAUAAUUAUUUAUUAACACAUCAAGAUAAUAUAUUAACAUCACCAAUUGGUGUAAUAUUUGAUCAGAUUCCAGCUUAUUUCAAUCAUACUAUUAAUCAUAAUAAUAAUAAUGACCUUGAACAUUAUCCUACAUUAGAAAUGAUUAAGGCAACUCCUAAUCUAUUUUCAAUUUCAAUACGUAAAGAUACUUCAUAUAUAUAUCCAACAAAUAAUUAUAAAGUAAUACAUGAAUAUGAUAUGCAUAAACCAUAUCGUGAUCCACAAAAAGAAAUGAAUUAUUUUACAAGUGGUUUUAUUGAUGUUCAAGAACAAUUAAGUAAAUCAAUUAUUGAAGUUAUAUCAAAAAAAAUUGGUGCAAAUAAUAUUUAUACAAAAUUAUUUAAUGAUAUUGGUAUAGAAAUGAAAAUGUUUCCAAAUCCACCUUAUAUACAAGAUGAUAUAUUAAUCAAUAUAAUAUAUUUAUUACCACAGAUAAUGGUACUUACAUGGAUAUUAUCAGUAAUAUUAAGUGUUAAAUAUAUGGUUGAUGAAAAAGAGAAUGGUUUAAUUGAUUUUUUGAGUACAUUUGGUAUUAAUUUAUCAAUUAAUUGGUUAGCAUGGAUAAGUAUUUCAUUUAUAUUAAUGUCAUUUUUUUCUAUACCAAUUGUAUUAAUAUUAAAAUAUUGUAAAAUUAUACCCUUAAGUAAUAUAAUAAUAAUUUAUUUUCUUAUUAUAAAUUAUACUAUAGCUUGUCUUAUUUAUUGUAUUAUUUUUACUAUUCUAUCGAAACGAGCUACAAUUGCAUCAAUUAUCGCUGGAAUAACUUAUCUUUUAUUAUAUAUGCCAGCAGCAAUUAUUUUACGAUAUGAUGAAUUAAUGAAUGAUAAUUGGAUUUUAUUAUUUUGUCUUAUACCACAAGUUAGUCAUGCAUUAAGUUGGGUAUUUUUAAAUCGUCUUGAAUUACAUGGUAGUGGAGCACAAUGGUCAAAUAUAUGGAAUACAAAUUAUUCACAAAGUAUACUUACACUAGGUACAACAAUUAUAUUCUUAUGGAUUGGUAUAAUAUUAUUAUAUUGUUUAACUUUUUGGGGUAUACCAUUCAUCAAUCGAAUUUAUGCUUUAUUUAUAUAUAAAUAUCUAUUCAAUAAAAAUUAUUCUAAUCAUACAAUAUCAAUGAAAGGUGUUAAAAGGCGAAGAAAACGUAAACUUAGCAAUAUUGCAUUAUAUAAUGAUACAUUAUCUACUGAUAGUUCACAAUUACUUGUUAAUAAUACACAAGGGAAUAUAUCAACUUCAAUAAUACAAUCACCAAGUGUUAUUGUUGAUAAUCUAUGCAAAAUAUAUGAACCAGAUAAUCGUGCAGCAUUAUGUAAUGUGAAUAUGAAUUUUUAUGAAGAUCAAAUCACUGUAAUAUUAGGACGUAAUGGUGCUGGUAAGACUACCCUAUUAUCUAUUCUUGUCGGUAUAUUACAACCUACAGACGGAAGAAUAAUUAUGCAUGGAAAAGAAACACAUAAAUAUUCACAUAUAUUACGUCAAAUAUUAGGAUAUUGUCCUCAAUAUAAUAUAUUAUAUGAUUCAUUAACUGUUACUGAACAUAUCUACUUAUUUGGUACAUUGAAAGGUGUAAACAAUAAUACUUUAAAUGACAAUAUGAAUGAUUAUUUAUGUAAACUUGGAUUAUUUGAUAAAAGAAAUGAAUUAGCUUACCGAUUAUCUGGUGGUCAACGUAGAAAAUUAUCAUUAUUUUUAGCAUUUUUAGGUCAAUCAUCUGUAAUAAUACUUGAUGAACCAACAGCAUCAUUAGAUCCAUUUUCAAGACGUGCUAUAUGGGAUCUAUUAAAAAGUUUACGUAAAGGACGUACAAUUAUAUUAAGUUCACAUCAUAUGUAUGAAAGUGAAUUAUUAGCUGAUCAAAUAAUGAUUAUAUCAGAAGGUAAAGUAUUAUCUUCUGGUUCAACUUUAUCAUUAAAAUCAACUUAUGGUUCUGGUUAUCAUUUAUUAUUAGAAAUUGAUUCUUCAAAGUUCAAAUCAUCAACAGAUCAUAAUAAUAAUAAUAAUAAUAAUACUUCUAGUAUUCAUGAAUUAAUGAAAGCCAUAGAAAAAUAUAUCAAUGGUGCUCGUCUCUUACGUUAUCAUCAUGGAAAUAAAUUAAUGAUAUAUUUACCAAGUUGUAAUGCAUUAACAGGGAGUUUUACUAGUCUAUUUCAACAAUUAGAUAAUUUAACAUUUCGACAAACUUAUCAUAUACAACAUUAUGAAAUAUCUGAUUCUUCAUUAGAAGAAGUUUUUCUUACAAUAACUAAUGACAAUAAUAAUAAUAAUGAUGUUCAAACAAUGAAUACAAACUAUAUCAUUGAUUCAAAUAAUUAUCAUGAGAAUGAAUAUAAUGAUAAUAGUAGAAGUGUACAGUUUGAAGAUGGAACAACUUCAUUAUUCAUAGAAGAAAUUGAUUCGAUUACUGAUCAUCAUUGUAAAAAUUAUCAUCAUCGUAUAAUAUCAGAUAGUAAUAAUAAUAAUAGUAGUAGUAAUGUAUUUUAUAAAAAUGUUAUCAAGGCAAUGUUUUAUAAACGUUUUAUCUAUAUAAAACGUCAUAAAUUAUCAUGGAUUAUUGAAUUUGUUUUCCCAUCUUUAUUAAUUAUUGUUGCAAUUGGUUUCUUAAAAUAUUUUACACCAAACAAUAUACAACCAUCAAUGGAUAUAAAUCAUUGGUUAUUAAAAGGUAAGCAUACUAAAGAAUUACUUCAUUUCUAUGCUUAUAAUAAUAAUGAUACUAAUAAUAAUGAUAUAUUAUUAUCAUCUAAUGAAGAAGAGAAUCCUAUCAAAUUAUAUUUAAAAUUAUUGAAUAAACCAAUGAGUUUAUCUGGUAUUGGAUGUAUUCAAUCAAAAUUGCAUACAUUUCAACCAUCGAUUACAUCAAAUUGUUUAAUAAAAUCUAAUGAAAAAAUGAAAUUCAACAAUAAAAAUUAUUAUUCACAUAUAUGUUCAAAUUAUAAAAAAUUAUUACCAAUGAAAUCAUGUAAUCCAUUAAUAACUGGUGAUAUACUACUUGAUUUAAGUAGUUAUGAUAUAUCUACUUAUUUAAUAAAUCAUUCAAAAUUAUUACAUAAUAUUUUAUUCGGUGGUAUUGAAUUAAUAAAUGUUGAAAAAUUUGAAUUAAAUAAAAUGUUUUAUAAUAUAUUUAAAAUAAUUGGAAAUUAUUCAUUUAUAUUAAAUAAUAAUAAUAAUAAUAAUAAUAAUAAUAAUACAAUUAAUUGGAAAGAAUUUUUAACUAGUUUACAAUUAUUAUUACCACCAUCAAAAAUGUUACGUAUAUGGUAUAAUAAUUAUGGUUAUAUCUCAUCUAUAGCCUAUUUAAAUCUUAUACAAAAUUUUCAAUAUCGUUUAAUAUUAUCAUCAAUUAAUGAAGGCAUUGGAUAUUCAACAAAUUCUGGUAUAAUUAUUACAAAUUAUCCAUUAACAAAUAAAAAAGUAAUAAAAUUACUUAAAUUAACUGAUACUAUAAAAUCAGAUUAUAUAUUAUCAUUAUUUUUUAUUUUAGCAUUAUCAUUUAUACCAGCUAGUUUUAUUAGUCUACUUGUAUAUGAACGGUGUAAUAAUUCAAAACAUUUACAAAAUUUAUCUGGUGUCUUACCAUCAAUAUAUUGGUUAACAAAUUUAAUAUAUGAUUUUAUUACUUAUCUUAUUUCUUCAUCAUUUUGUAUUAUUAUACUUAUAUUACAUGGAGAUUCAGCGUUUAUUAAAUCUAAUGUUAUAUAUCUUUUUAUAUUAAUUAUUUAUUUGUAUGGUUUUGCUAUGAUAUCAUUAAUUUAUCUAGUUAGUUUUUUAUUUAAAUAUCCAAGUACAGCAUUUGUAUUAAUAUGUGGUUUAAAUGUUGUCAUUAGUACAAUUACAACAUUUGUAUGCUUUUUUAUUGAAAUAUUAUCCUUUGAAACUGGUCAAUAUACAAAUAGUACAAAGAAUAUACUUAAUUGGUUACGUAUUUCUCCACAUUAUUGUUUAAGUAAUAGUAUAUAUACAAUAGCUGUAAAAGAUUUCUUUUUUAAAACAGGUUUACCUUAUAAAAGGAAUACAUCAUUAUGGAGUUUAUUAAGUAUAGAUAUGUUAUGUUUAUUAUUACAAGAGUCAAAUUCUCAGAAUUCAGAAUAUUUACCAUUCAAUACACCAUAUGCAAUUAAUGCUGAAUCAAUUGUAAAACAUUAUUGGUGUCAAAAAAAGGCAACAGUGGAACAUUUAAGUUUAACUGUUCAACCUGGUGAAUGUUAUGGUUUACUUGGUGUAAAUGGUGCUGGUAAAUCAACAAUUUAUUCAAUGUUAACUGGAAAUUGUACAAUUACUGAUGGACAUAUUUAUUUAAAUGGUUAUGAUAUAGAAUUGAAUGAAGCAAAAGCUUUUCAAAGUAUUGGUUAUUGUCCACAACAAGAUGCAUUAUGUGAAUUUAUGACUGUUCGUGAAAUAUUAACAUUUUAUAGUUAUUUAAAAUGUUAUAAUAAUGAUAAUAAUAUAAGAAAUUAUAAUUAUAUAGUUAAUAAAAUGAUUCAAUUAACUGGUUUACAAGAUUAUGCUGAUCAAAUUAUUUCUAAAUUAUCUGGUGGAAAUAAGCGUAAAUUAUCUACGUGUAUAGCAUUUAUUGGUAAUCCAAGUAUUAUUCUAUUAGAUGAACCAUCAACAGGUAUGGAUCCACAAGGUAAAUAUUUAUUAUGGAAAAAUAUAAAAAAUGCAUUACAAUUAAAUUGUGCUAUUCUAUUAAGUUCACAUUGUAUGGAAGAAUGUGAAUUAUUAUGUAAUUCUAUUGGUUUAUUAAUUAAUGGAAAAAUAUGUUGUAAAGGUAGUCCAUUAGAAUUAAAAACUAAUUAUGGUUUAGGUUAUCAUGUGAAUAUUGAAUUUACAUCUAAUAUUAUACAAUUUUCUAAUAUGAAUAAAUUACAAUCUAUAAUUAAUCAAUAUUUACCUAAUUUUCAAUUACGUUAUCCUUUAUUAAGUCGACAAGAGUAUAAUUAUUCAAAACUACAACCAUUAUGGAAAUUAUUUAAUGGAUUAGAACAAUUAAAUAAAUUAAAUUUAAUUAAUUAUAUUUCAAUUAGACAAUCUUCUUUAGAAGAUGUUUUUGUAAAUUUUAUAAAUAUGUAUGAAAAAAAAAAGUGA